GAAAAUUGUAAAUGGGUUGUUCGUGCUGUUAGGCUCAAAGGUGUUCAGCUUUUUCAGAUUAGAAGGUUUGAUGUUGAUCACACUUGCUCAAUAGACUUUAGGCAAGAUGUUCGUCACAGGCAGGCCACUUCUACAAUGAUUGCUGAGCUUGUAGCUCAUCAGUAUAAAGAUGCUUCCAAAAAACCAUAUACACCUAAACAAAUCGGGGAUGAUUUGUUGUUGCAGUAUGGAAUACCGAUAUCAUACAAGAAGUCUUGGGCUGCAAAGAAAUCUGCCAUGAGAAAACAAUUUGGUUCAGAUUCAGAGGCAUACCAAUUGUUGACGUCGAUGCUCCAUAUGCUUGACCAAGCUAAUCCAGGAUCUGACGUCUUGCUCAUUAGAGGGGAUAAUGAUGUGUUUCACUACUUUUUCAUGUCACUUGCACCAUGGGAGCAUUGCAUUCCUGUUCUUAUUAUCGAUGGUUCUUUUAUGAAAGCGUACUACAAAGGGACGUUGCUUACCGCCUGCAGACAAGAUGCAAACAAACAGAUUGUGCCUUUAGCGUUUGCUGUAUGUGAUUCUAAG